AUGUACCGGUUCCCGAGCCGAUCUCUAGGCGUCAUCAGCCCCUUCAGGUCCGAGCAUAUCACCCCGCCAAUGCGAUCUAUGGGUGAGUGCGCGCCACUUUCGUUCUGCAAUUGUCUCCCUUUGCUCUGUUUGCCUUCUGCACAAGUGUGGCAGCUCACACGCUUGUGGUCCGUGAGUGCGACCUCAGAGCUCGGGUCCCGUGCAAGUCUCUCUACCGGGUCGUAG